AUGGUUUUUGCCGGAAUUACCGCUGACGGCAAAACUCCGCUGAUUUUUGUGGAUUCUGGAGUCGAAGUGAACCAAGUAUACUACAGGGAGUAGAUUUUAAAGUUGAGGGUGUUGCCCUGGGCCGAUUCUCACUACGGAAACCGACCAUGGACCUUCCAGCAAGACGGCGUCCCCGCUCAUCGUGCCAAAGAGACUCAAGAGUGGUGUCGCGCCAGUUUUCCGAGUUCAUCUCGGCUGCUGAUUGGCCUGCUUCCUCGCCCGACCUCAACCCGAUGGACUAUGCCGUGUGGAUAUAUCUGACCGAGAAGGUCUCUUCUAAGAACUACCCAAGUAUCAAAGCUCUGAAGACCGCGCUCAUCAAGAAAUGGGACGAAACCGACGACGACUACCUUCGUGCCGUGAUCGAUGCGUAUCCGAAGAGACUGAAGGCCGUUAUCAAAGCUAAAGGAGGAAGUUUUGAAAACUAUUCUUGAAUUUUGUUUCUAUAUUGUAUGAAUAAAAUUUGUUCCAAGUUUGGUGAUGUUUGGUUGACUUUUGAGAAAGUUAUAACGUUUCAAACGCGUUUCAAUAUUUAUUUGUCACCCUGUAGUUGCUAAGGCCUCAGACCCUAAAUCACUAUAGGGACCACCUUUGUUUUACCCCUAUAGAGAGCACUUUUUCGGUUUCUAUAGGGGCUGUUUUUCCUCUAAUCCCUAUUGGGACCACUCUAAAAUUCUUAGGAUUUUCGUCCAGCUCAGUUGAUAAAAGAGGGUCGUGCUAAUCCGAAAAUUGAAAGAAAGCCAAUCUCAAAAAAAGUUUAUCACUUGUUUUUAACAUCACUGACAAGUUCGUGAGUUGAAAAAAAAAUUCGUUAGAAAAAAAAGCCAUGAGAGAUUGUUCCUCAGCCGCAACAAUUUUUAAAUCGUUCUUUGAGGCUUCUGACUAAUUUCUGCAGAAGAGACAUGUAACGUGGAUAUCGUGUUCGUCGUCGACGUCGGAACUUCCAACGAGACAACUUUCGCAAUUCAGCACAAUCGACUGACCCGUGUAUUAAGGUCAUACAACUUUCUAGGAAUGCCAGAGAGGAAUGAAGUUCAGGUAUAUUGGAGCACUGGCCGGAAAGAAGAUAAGGAGCGGAAUCGUCGUGUUUGGCACGCAGCCGAGCACACUCCUCGAGUUGGCGUCCCCGUUCUCCAACGACGUCGAGAAGGUUCUUUGGAAACAGAUUUGAAAGAGCCUUUGGCAAAACUCUGAAUCUCUCUUCCAGACAGUCAAGUUGUUGGGAUCUCUGAAGCUUCAUCCGGAGCCAAAACUCUCUGUGACUCGAGCUCUUUAUUUAGCCCUGAAACAGGUAUAGCCUGUGUGCCACGACUUGGAAAUACCAAACGACAUUCCGCUGUGCCGCUGCGCGCCUUUGCGAACCUGCAUCGCGUUUUUAAUUUUUUUUUUCUUCUUUUGUUAAGGUACUCUACUUUCAUGUGUUCCCACAGCAAUAACAAUCCAUUGAAAGCUUGACCUAGAUUCGAAAGACGCUUCGCGAACGCACGCAGCGGAACAGCGGAAUGUCGUUCCGCGAAAUUUCAAGUCGUGGCACGCAUACUAUAUUCAUGCCAGCUGAACUAUUAUUUUUCGCUCUUUCAGCUUUCUCAAGGAAAACACCCUACUUCGAGAAAAGCCGUCAUCCUUGCGCACGACGGCACCACAUCCGAUUACGUCAAUGAAACACUUCGCGUCAUGUUUGACCCGACCUGAGGAUUGACAAAAAUUCAAGUUCAGAUCUUCUCUUCGUUCCCUCGGCGUCAAACUGUUCGUGGUCAGCGAGGGAAUUGAAAACCGCGAUGGAAUACUUGGAUACGUCACGCACCGGUCUCAAAUUUAUUCCGGAUCCAAAGAUGCAACUUCCUUCCGGAAGUCACUCAGUCAGGUAAUCUGUCCUAUAAUGAUGCACAUGAAGAGAAAAUUUCAGUUUGUAGAGUGCAAAGAGUUGAAGGAGACUUCUGGCAACAAAGCUUUCGCCUCGCCUAGUUUCAAAGCACAGCGGACUUUAUCCAUCGAAAAUAACAACCGUUGCGACUUUGAAAACGUUUGUGACUUCCUGAGCCUCGUCAAACUAGUCUGCAGGUCGACGUCAUGAUAGUUUUGGACACAUCUGGCUCCGUCUACGAGGCGUUUGAAGAUCAACGUCGGGUCGCUCUUGAUCUCGUCGAAUCCUUCCCUUCAGAAGCCUUCGAAAACGGAAAAAUACAGGUGAACCUGCGAAAAGAGCUCUAGCAAUUUCGAUUUCAGGUGUCUGCCGUGAGAUUCGCAGCUUCGGCAGACGUCGCACUGUCUUUCGCUUUGAAUCGUUCCAAAGAAGUAGUCCUGUCUCGAAUCAGGGAAAUAGAGUUCACGGGCCAGACGACGCGUAUCGCCGAGGCCGUCAACCUGGCAGCUGCAGAAAUGCAAAAGGCAAAAAGAGCCGCGGCUAAGCAGGUAGCUCCGCCUUCUUUUCUCCAUAUCCUUCGAUUCAGCUCUUCGUGUUGAUCACCGACGGACGGGGUCAGGAAUACUGGAACGUGGUACAUGCGACCGGCGCUCAUCUCAGAGUGUGUUAGAGUGAUAAAUCCAGGAAAAUGGGAGGUUUCAGAGCCAAGGAUUUGAUGUGUUUGGAGUUUCUGCGACUAACGAUUACAACUACGAGGAACUUCUGAUUUACGUUCAUCAGAGGGAUCAACUCUAUGUUGGCAAGAACUUUUUGAGGUUUUAGCUGCGUCCUUUGGAAACAACUUUGUAAAUUUUCAGAUUUGUACCAGAUGUGGGAGGCUUAGUGACACGAUGCGUGUCCCAUAAAGGAAAUUCCGGUGCGCAAACUACCAUUGCUCCACUUACUCUGUCUUCGUCGGGGCGUCUUCUGGAGAAGACGUCCAAGAAGAGCAAAACAAGAACCACUGAAGUGACAACUCUCUCUACGUCAACAACAGAAGCGUCUACUUCACAAAAAGUUUCUGAAGAAAAGUCAGAAGAGCCCCCCAUUCUCAUGGCGUCUACAUUCGUCCCAGUCGAAGCGAAAACCUCGUCAGACGCACCCGGCGAAAACUCAACAGAAAACGCAGAAGAGACGCAGGUCAUUGCCUCAGCGUCGCAAUUCGAAUCUUCCGACGCACGGCUGGAUUAUUCUGAUUGCGAACUGCAUCUUCUAUUGGUUCUGGAGACGUCAGACGACAAAAAUGUGCUCAAGAAACGCGUAGAGGUCGUUUCUCGGACCCGAGUCGGACUGAACGAACAAGUUUCAGGAAGCCUCGCAGGUCGUCCAGCUCUUCUCUCCGGAGGCUUUGCUAUCGUCUGUUCGCGUGGCAAUCAUCACCUUUUCCAACGGUUCUCGGCGCUUGUAGUGUUUAUUAUUGAAUUUCAGGAGCUCAACUUGUGCGAGGAUUCGAGGGAGGUCAGCGAGCAGAGAUUUUGAAUAUUAUAACCUCGUUGGAAAACAGAAAUACCAAUGAUACUACUACAAUCACUGAACUUUCAAAGGUUUUUUUGUAUAGUCCUUUUCUCGCGACUUGAAAGGGCGGGACUUCUCUGCACCCUCCUUAUCUCUCGGUGAACCUAUCAUGUUAACGUGCUAUUUUCAUGUUUCUCGGUGAGGGAAAAGAGAGACUCAGACACGCGAAAACUGUCAAGUCGCGGCGGACGGACUAUAAUGAUUAGAUCACAAGAAAAAGAAUACAGAAAAUGCUCCCUUUUCAGAAAAUAUUGUCAGAAAAACCGCCGAAUUCUCUUCUUAUUUCCAUUUUAUAUACAGAUGAUGACUCUUCAGAGCGAUUGGAAGAUUUCCAACAAUUUGCGAAGUUUUCCUUUCAUUUCUCAUUCUUUCCUUCAUCAAUCUUUUCCAGAGAGACCAAACGGUUUGAUGGUUCCUUUCUGUUCGGUCUGUCUACAGCUCUCAGGCCAACCUUCAGCCAGGUGUCACCUUCUUGCUAUAACCCGAAAACUCACCAUUUCAGGUGCCCUCCCAGGGCUGGUUCAAUUCCGCCUCGCAGAGUUUGGUACUCCUGGGAAAUGUCGCCAGAGCUGCCAAAUCUUGCAAGAAGAAGAACCUGAAGUUACACGGGAUCCGCUCCGUCGACGGCGAUGGAUUCGCGCAAGGGAUCAAAGAGGAAGACGCUUCUGAUUCCUGCAAAGUCGACGUGAUCUUUGUCGUCGACGUCUCUACUAGCGUCGAAUCCGAUUUCGAUGAGCAGAUAAAAGCUGCGGCUGGCCUGGUCGUUCUAAACUUACUUCUUCUUCAUCCUAUCCCGUUUUCAGUUCAACAACGUGUCAGCCUAUGAGUUUGCUAGGAACAUCCGCGUCGCCCUAGUGACUUUCAAUACCGCAGCUCAACUUGUUCUUGGAUUGGAUUCGGCUGUUUCGAAGUGAGUCUUCUAUUCUGAGAAGAGAUAUCGAAUCGCAGGGAGACGUUGACAAAAGAGCUUCUUUCGCUGAAGCUCGCGGGCGGAUCGACUUCUGUAGCUAGUGGAGUUCAGCUAGCAGUGAACCAUAUCUCGGAAUCCCAUAGGAAGAAUGCAAAGUAACUGAAAGCUGGAAGAAAACUCUUGAAUUUGAAUUUUUGAGGCUCUUUGUGGUGCUUAUAUCCGACGGAAACAGUCAGGACGAAUGGAAUACAGUAAUCUCGACAGCGGCAAAACUAUCGUCCACGAAGGCUACCGUAUACGCCAUCAGCGUCAGCGAACAAUUCGCGAUUCGGUACAAAAGAAAAACUUUCGCGAAAUCAAAGUUGGAACAGAGAACUUGAAAUGUACGCUGCCCUCCCACAUCACGUUUUCACCAACGAAGCUAUCCGGCUGUUCCCAGACUUGUUUCACUCAAAAGCUGUUUCUUGUUUCGAGCACCAGGUGAGCGUAAAAGCUCGAGGAAGGUCUAAUGAACACACAGAAAGUGCAAAGACAAGCAAGAGAGUCGCCGGAUUGUGUGGAAGAUCUGAUAAAUCUUGUCCUGGUGAUCGACGUCAAUCAAUCUGAAGAGAGCCUUUCAGCAAACAUACAACUGCUCAUAAACCUUUUGGGUCGGAUACCAAGCUUGUACUUUGAGGUAGUUUUGGUAAGUUGGAGAUGCAACCAAAUUCUUUCUACAGAAACGGAUCCAACCGACUUUUAUAAUAUACAACGAUCAAGCGCAUGUUCAUGAACAUUUAUCAAACAGCAAGAUUGAAGCGUCUGUGGCUUCGGUUAGACACAUUUCCUCGAAUUCGUCUUCUUCGACCUCCAUUCCAGCUGCCUUGAACACAUUCAGAACGGUGAGAUAUAGUCUGUUCAGAUUUUAAAUGUCAAGGCCUUGCUGAAGCUCCUCCUCCUAUUGGCGCAAUGAACCAAUCAGAGAGUGAGCCUUCCACAGAGCGUUUUCGAAUGACGUCAUUCUACUUGACAUUUAAAAUCUGAACAGACUAUAUAAGUAUAUCUUUAAAAAAAAUGAUGGAUUUAGUUGGCGACGACGUUCAGUCCAAAUUCUCGUGUUUUUGUCAUCUUUUUCAGCAACGGUACUACCAGUGGAAGCAUUGAGGUGACAACUCCGUUAACUCAAAUCACGUCCCGAUUUCAGGAAGAGGUGGCCGUCCUACGUUCCCACGAAGUCGUGGCUGUCUCCGCCUCUUCUGGAAACGUUGUCCAAGUUCUGCAACAUAUCGCGUCCUCACCGGACAAUGUCUUUGUCGCUGACGACGCUGCUGUUUUCCCCGCCGUCGUUGCUUCUUACCUUCAGACUUGCCACGUUCCAACGAUUUCGACUCCCAAGUUGGCUCAUAAUUUUCUAUGUAAAAAAACAGAGUGUGGCAGGGAGAUCGGAAGCGAAGGAACUGAGCUGCAAGCGGCGAAGAACGAAGUGAAAGUGGUGAAAGACUCUGUGCUAGAAGAAGGCUGUAACUACGGGAAGAUGGACCUGGAGAUUGUCUUCGACGCUUCUUCCUCUCGGGAGGGAGUCUUCGAAAGACAACGCGACUUAGCUCUUCAACUUAUCGAAAGCCUUCCCAUCUCCCCUACGGACGACAGAAUCGCUGUCGGAAUCCAUACUUUCACAUCUGUAGCCAAAAAUCGACAACCUCUAACAUCAGGGCGUGAGAAAGAGGUUCGGUUUCUUCGAAAAAUAUAUGAAAACAGCCAUAUUAUCAGGUUUUCCGUUCCGAAAUCAACCAAAUCGAAUACCGAGGCGGGUCGACUUCGACGGCCAAGGCAGUUUUGCUGAGCGUUCAGGAUCUUCUUGAGAGACGCCGUCCCGACGCGGUUCAAGUCGUCGUUCUGUUCAACGACGGGAUUUCACAGGACGAGUGGAGUAUCGUGAAAGAAGCCAGCCAAAAACUGAAAGAGACGAGGGCUCACGUUUUCGGCGUGGCUCUGGGAACUCAGGUGAAUAGUAACCUUUUUAAGGUCUCCAAGAGAUUUUUCAGAUUGAUUGGAGGGAGUUGGAUGCUUACAUCGACAAUCGAUCUUUUGUGUACAGAGACGGGGAAGCGGAAAGGUCAGAUUCCACCAGAUUCUUCGAUUAAAAAGUGUUCAGACUCCUAAAAGAUAUGGCAGCUCUGCUGAGAGGAAGUCCAGCCUGCGCUGAAAACUUCGGAAAAGCUUCUUUGCCAAGUCAACUGAAAGCGAAAGAUACGCCGAGUUGUGUCGACGGCGUCGAUUUCGUCCUCGUGUUCGACAACGCCGAUGACUCUUGGCAACUCAGCGAUUCUGAUGUCAACGCAAACCGAUUUCUGAUCUUGGAUCUGAUAGGUUAUCCAUCACUUUGGAAUUAAACUAUCAAGUUUUCCAGGAACUCUUUCAAAACACAUCACACCUUCUCGGGCUCGGAUCGCCGUCUUCUCAAUGACGCCGCCGGCUCUGAAACUCGAGAUGGCCGAUGUGACUCAACACGACGAAAUAUUUGCAAAAGUGAACUGGAUAGUUGGAACAAGAACAAACGUUGUGAUUUCAGAUAAAAGCCAUCGGACACGUUCAUGGCACCUCCUCAUAUAAAACCGCCCUGCAAGAAGCGAAGAAUUUCCUGCGUCAAGCCGCCAGGUUCGAACGGAAGUUUCAGAGCUUUCUCAAAAAAAAAAAUUCGCUUUUUUUCGAAACUUUUUAGCUUAAAAAUAAAGAGAAGUUCUCUUCUUCCCCACAUAGUCGCUAUCUGCGUAAAUUUCUAGUUUUGGAGAUAUGAUCUUUCAAAGUAAAAGGUUAUUUUUGGUAGAAUAUGGCCAUCAAACGGUUUCGGAACGGUUCUAAUCAUGAAAUUUCGAUGUUCUCACCAGAAUCUUUCGAAAAAAAAAUGGCAAAAAAAUAUAGCGGCAAAAAGAUCCGAACCUUCAUCACAGGCUCCGCAGGCUACGACGCUAGCCACUGCUCCACACUACUUACUAUCAUGCAAUGGCUGGGGGUGCAUAUAGAUUUUUUCUAAACGGUGUCACAAGAUUAAGGAUAAAAACUUUGAAAACUCAUAUCUCCAAAACUAUAAGUUUACGCCGACAGCGACCAUGUGGGACCAAUUUCCAGUCCAUCAAAGUUUUUUUGACCAAAUUUAUAAAAAAACAAACCCUACGCAAAAGGAACUUCUAUGUAAGAUAUGCUGCAAAUUUAAAUGAUAUGUUUCUUUGAAUUCUUUUUAGUUCCAACUCGCGUAAAAUAGCGGUUCUCGUGGGCAGCGGAAAAUCGGACGAAACCCUCGACGCGUUGGCCAUGGCAGAUGUGGUUAACCCCAGCGAAUCGGAAAGAGUGGAAGUGUUCGCGGUGGACACUUCUCAGACGACUGAAACUGAGGCUCUAGCUCGGUUCACCGGGGACCGAAGUCAUGUCUUCACCUACAGUCGCAACGCCGAGUUUAUGCAGCAAAUGCUGGAAAUCGCCAAAGACACAGUCAUUUGCCAGGUACCUUAACGUUGUCAAGUGAAACUUGUUUUGUUUUGAGGGACCUGAGCAGAAGAAACGAGAAAUAGCAACCGCCUUCUCGGAUAAGUAAGUCCAAACGGAAAACCCCAGUUUUCUACUGCAUGAUUUGGUAGAGAAACCGCGACAACGACAACAAACAAACCAGUGGAAAAAAGCACUGCCGCAACACUCCCGACGGUAAAACUCACGACGACGUCUACCACUUCUACCUCGACUUCGACUUCCACCUCCACCUCCACUUCCACCUCAACUUCAACUUCCACCACCACCACAACAACUACCACGACUACACCUAAAACCAUCCCCUUUGUUCCAGGUUCAACACAUUUCUCUUUCCGAACUUUUCUUUCCCCGAAGGUUGCCUUCUCGACUUGUUGGUGAUCUUGGACUCCUCCGGAAGUGUCGAAGAGACUUUCUCCAAAGCAAAAGACGUCGUUUCCAAUAUUGUUUCCAAGCUGCGCAUCGGUCCUGAAAACGCACAGGUUUCUUCUGAAUUAAUUUAUAAUUCAACUAGAAAUGGAUGGCGUAUAAAGAAACAGAAUGAAAAUUAAAAUUUAAUAAUGGUUGGUUUCAGCUAAUGAUAAGACAUCUGAAUCAUAGUUUAAUUUUAAACCACCUGAAGCAUUUUUUGAAGGAAACCUAGUCUUCUGUGAGAAAAUUGAUAGUCAGAAAAGAAGUCGGAUUAUAGUCCGUUUUUCGCGACUUGAAAUGACUUCUCUGCGCCCUCCUCAUCUCUCGACGUCCCUCUCAUGCUAUUUCCAUGUUUCUCUGACCUCGCCGGUGAGGGAACAGAGAGACGCAGACACGCGAGAACUGUCAAGUCGCGGCGGACGGACUAUAUUUGGGCCAUGUUGUAACUUUAUAACCAUUUCAAACGUUAUCUGGUUUUUCCAAUAACUAAUUUCAGGUCGCGAUAAUAAAGUUCGCGUCUUCGCAUAAAGUGAGAACAGCUCUACGAUUUGACGAGUCGCAGACGUCGCAAAAAGUUCUCCAAGUGCUGCAAAACCUGAGUUUCACUUCGGGAACGACGGCCCUGCACGCAGGUCUGGCGCAGGCUGCGGAAGAGUACCAGGAGUCGCACGGCGCACGGCCCGGCAAGGCACACGCCGUCGCCAUCGUCUUCACUGACGGCUUCACCAUGAAGAGCGCUGACGCCGAGGCGGAGCAACUGCGGAGGCUCGUUCCUGACACGUUCGCUUUCGCUGUCAAUCACUUGGUGGGGAUCUCUUUUUUCAAAUCCCAACUUCCUAAUAUACUUUGGUAUGAACAUCUUCCAGUUCCCGAUUUCUCGACAAGAACUUGAGCGUAUGGUUGGUAAGGAGCGCGUCUACACUGACGACAAAGUCCGAGAGUUCUACGAAGCCAUUUCCCAGUAUACGCGUGACUGCGUCGUUUCAUAA